AAAGCGAGCGAGAGAGCGAGCAGAGUGAGCGGGAGAGUCGUUGCCACGGCAGUCCGGCAUCGCGCGCUGCACUGGCUGCGUCGUCGUCGUCGUCGUCGUGAGACGCUCAUUUCUCGCCGCGUAUAAACGUUAGAUUCACCGGCUGCACGUGUGACAUAGAUCCGAUUCAGUGCCGUGUGAUGAUUAUAAUGAUGAUGAUGAUGAUGAUGAUGAUAUGACGCUGAUGCUCUGUCAUGGUGUAUUAUGGUGUGAUGAUUUGUUGCGGUGAAGUUCUGUGAGAGUUCCCGGAUCGGUUCUUGUACACGAAGAGAACGCCGAGGCUUCCUGGAGGAGUCGAGGACAGUACGACUCCAAUAGGAUCACCAAACAACUCUAAAUCAUCCAACGAUGGCCCGUUAACCGCCAUCAUCUAUCCACCACACGCAUCAAAAGGCAUCAUUAUUUUCAUCCUCUGAAGAACGAUGGAAUCCACGGACAAACGAACGUCCGCCGAGGAGUUUGUAACAGUGGUAAAUGUCCAGGGCACGCAACCACCCAUCCCCAGCUCGGCGGAGAGCUUUGUCACAGUCCUAUCGAUCGGCACUGGAACCAAACAACAAAACAAAUUACCAGAGCAAACAACGGUGAACGGGGUCGAUCCAGCGCACCCCGAGGAGGAGGUGGAAGUGUACCGGUUACCCGGCGAACGACUCGGCUUUGGACUAAAAUUUGAAGGCGGCAACAAGACGUCCGAGAAGGUGCGCAGGCUCUUCAUACAGAGCUGCGCCGAACAAAGUCCGGCUAGCAGAGCCAAAUGCUCGUGGGGUAACCUGGGCGAAGGCGAUGAGGUACUCUCAAUCGACGAGGUACCGGUAACACAGAUGACGCGACUGGACUGUGUACGUCGCCUGAAGGAGUCGCAGUUGGUGAUAAAGCUUGCGGUUCGCUGUCGAGGCGCCCUACGGCCAGAGGUAGUCAGCGCGGAGCGUAAACCUCAGCAGCGCAGCAAAGUACCACCAGAAUUACCGGCCGCGCCGCCACCUGUCCCACCGAGGAAGCUCAGACGGGAUUCGACACAGGCGGCUGUCAAUCGCGGCCUUGCCGAUGGAGAGGCUAGUCCAGGUAUGAGAAAAGCCCGCGACAGUCCAAAAUCCACUGGAUCACCUCAAUCGCAAGGAAGUUUUCGCAGUGCGGCGAGUAGCAUUAGAUCCAGCAAUUAUGAGAGCUGCGUUUCGUCGCCAGUCAAAAGCGGCCCGGGAUCCAAAAGCGAGAGUCCCAAGGAUUCGCCGAAGGUUCACGUAUCGCCGGUACUCAACAAAAUCAAACAGGAGCCGCCGGCAGAGGCGCAGUCGUAUCUGGACGCCCGCUCUCAGGACGGCUCGAGCACGCACGGUAGCACGUCCGACGACACGAGCAGCUCCUUGUCCACGGUGGUCGACCGGUUCUCCAGCUCGGACCGAUUUUCCACGACCUCGACGGCCUCGACGACUUCGGAACAGCUCGUCGUCCCGCCGACGGAGAUCGACGUCAACGGUGACGCCCUUCUGCUCAGCAACGGGGUCUGUAUGGAUCUCAGCAACCCCUCAGACUUCCUGCUGACUCGACUGGCCAAUUCCGAGGCCCGCACCCACGUCGAGUCCAGGGGAGACGUGGAGCGCGUCACGGCGGUGGUGGCGCCCAACACGGUGCUGAUCGAGGAGACGCCCGCGUUGCAGCCGCCCUUGAGCUUCCAGGACGCCCCGCUCAGCUACGGGCACGAGGCCAGGCCGGGGAUAUUCUACUCCGCCGACCUGGCCGCGGACUCGCGCACGCACUUCCGGCCGAUCAAGGACGACGCCGAGAUAGUGGAGAAGGUCGUGAACGGCGAGGCGCCGCCGCUGCCGGCCAGGAACCACGUCAACAGGAUCCCCAUCAAUCAGCAGGAACCACCCAAACCUAUGCCCAGGAAAGAGCUGAAGGCCAAGAGGAAAAGGCCGCCGCCACCGCCGCCGCCACCGAGGAGAGAACCUCCACCGCCGGUUCCGGAAGCCAGAAACGUGGAAACGCAGAAGAAGGAGGACGGCGAGGCGAAGAUGCAAGACAGGCAGCCGGUGACGGAGGAAGAGUCGGAGCCCACGCCGACGAACAAAGUGUUGGAGAUCGUGGAGAUGAAGAAGGUCAAGUCGCUGUCGCCGAUGAAGCCGCCCUCGAGGACCUCGGACGAGUGCGAGGUGCCCAGCCGAGGGGUGGAAGCUUCCGGUGACGGAGACGUCGAGGACGAGACCGGUAGGGAACAGGGUGAGAUCGAGCUCAGGAACAGCAUCAAUCGGAAGAUGCUCGCAGACAUGAGCGACAGUAGUACGGUUUCUAUGGAGGUAGAAGUCGAUUCUGACGAAGAGAAAAUGCUCGAGAAGAAGGAGGACGUUGUGCAGGUCGUGGAGGAGGUUUACGAAGAGACGAUGGAGGUGGUGGUGAACGGCCAGGACGUGUCACAGAUGGACGAGGGAAGUCGAGUGGACGAGGAGUUGGCGGAGGAACUGAGGAUCGUGGACAGGAGAAGGAACAACGAGAAAGACCUGGUGGACGACGAAGACGUGUCGGACGAGAGCGAUGGGGACGAUUACUACUGGCAAAGUAAUCUUGCGACCAUCGGGGAAGAGGAGGAAAAUAAUUCUUUGGAAUACGAGGAUGCCAACGAAGAUCCGAUUCCUCCUGUACUGCCAGUGGAGACACCGAAAGUUAUCGAGAAUGUCAUCGAAAGUACACCAGAAACGCUGGACAAAAACGGUGAGCGACCCCAGAGUAAAUAUUCAUUUUCGCACUCGGCGAUCGGCAGGAACGAGGAGGAGGAGGAGAAGCAGCAGCCCAACGAGGAGGACCAGAGCGUGAGGCGAAUCGAGAGGGACUCCGUCGUGGAGGAUAAGAAACAGGAUAAAAGCGCGGUAAAUGUUAGGAUGGACAACUGUGGAGGCGGCGGCCAGCGCCUACCCCCGGACGGGGACGAGUUUCCCGCGGCCUACCAAGAGUUCAUCAGUCCCAACCAUCAGCAUCAACAUCAGCAGCAGCAACAGUACCAGUACGUAACGACGCGCGAGACGAUGGCGGCUAACGGCGACGUCGACCGCGGCGAGUCGGUUCUCGACAGCGGCAAGACCGCUACCACCAACAGCCUCGUGCAGCACCUCGUCUCCAAGGACACGGCUGCGCUGCUGAUCGACACGGUGGACGGCAGCAGCAGGACGCUGGUCAACAACUACGUGCUCUACGGAACGCAGAAGACGAUCGUAACCGAGAAGAAGAUCGAGAUUCCGGGCUACUAUUCCAAUGACGCCAACGAUGACCUGGACGUGGAGACAGAGGCCGGUGCUCCACCGCCGCCGCUUCCGCUCACCGGACCACCCAAGGUCGACGGUAAGCAAGACAGGAAGUUCUCGAGCUCGAACGGCGACCUCUGGCGUCAGGACAACCGCUCGGAGGCCUCCGUCAAGGACAAGAUCGCAAUGUUCUCGUCGCAGAGUAGCCUGGAGGCUCCGCUCUUCCCCACGACGCCGGUGUCCUCGCCGGUGAAGAGGCUGUCCAAGCACAAGUCCUCCGACGACGUGUUCGCCGAGGACAAGCGCUCGGCGAUGUGCGAGCGCACCCAGAGCUCCUUCGACCUGAGCGGAGCGGUGCAUCAGAAAUCGCCCAGCCUGCCUCAGACCUCUCCGCCCUCGAGUCCGUCGGGCUACUCCUACAACGGCUACCUGAACCAGAAGUCGCCGCUGGCGAGCAGCAACGGCUCGUCCAAGAGCAGCAGUCCUCUGAGCUCGUACACCGCCAACUACGCCAACGGCUCGAACAAGAGCUUCGACGGCACGCUGACGACAUCGCCGAGCAAGACGCAGCCCAACGGACUGACCAGGGCCACGAGCUUCUCGGGCUCGACGACUGCACCCUACGGGUACGACAGACUCCAGACGUCCAGCGAACUGCUGGCCAACAACAACCAGAACGGCAAUGGCCCUGUGCCCGUCAUCGCGCGGACCAACUCGCUGGUGGCGACCUUCAAGAGACCCAGCGACGAGAUCAGGAAGAGCAGCUUGAACCAGUUGAUCGAGCAGAGGAGGAAGGGAAUAUCCAAGCUCAGAGGACUGGUCAUCCCGGAGAAGGACGCGCUGCCCGUCGAUCAGCCCAUCAUCGACCUGCCGGAGAUCAAGUCACGAGAUUCUAUUUUGAACAAUCAGAACAUUGAAUUUUUAUCACAGGCGCCGCGAGCCAAUAUCCAGGACAAGUGGGGCUCCCAGAGCUCCCUGGCGAGCAACGCCAGCACCGUAAGCUCGUCCGUCAGAGCUGGCAACACCUUCAAGAUGCCCGCGCCCAAGAUUCUCUCCAACUACUCCCCGGCCUUCAAGCGCAAGAGCCUCUCGGUCUACGGCAGCAACAGCCAGCCCAAUAACAACAACAAUAGUAGCCAAACUUCGCCCCCCUUGAUCAACGGCACCAAAUCCCCGAACACCACCAGCAACCAGCUGGUCAGUCCAGCCUCCGACGCGCCCAAGAGUCUCGAGAGCAUCUGCAGCCCGACCCGCAGCGACUACAGCUUCGACUUCGUCUCCUCUGGCGGUUCACCGGACGGAGGUAACCCCCCGAAUUCCAGACUGCAGAUCCACAGCAACAAGCAGCUGAGCAGCUGCCAGCGCAAGCUGGGCAGCCGCAACGAGUACGACGACUCGGACAACGACUCGGCGGUGAGCAGCUCCCAGAGCAGCAUAUCCCGAGGCUUCAGUCCUCCCAUGUCGCCUGUGCCCUCCGACAGGUCCACCAUCUCGUCGUCCGAACGAUCCUACCUGUCUUCCGACAACAACUACCCUCAACAGCGUCCCCAGCUGAUCCUCGACAACGGCAACAAGAACGGCGACAGCAAACCCGGAGCCUUCUACACCAGUCCGAGGAACAACCUACUGGCCGAGAGGAGCUUCUCCGUACCGGAGAAGAAGCCACUUCAGGAGCAGCCCGCGGUUCCACAACAGACGAUGAUACCGCAACGCCAGAUGCUGAAACGCUCGAGCAGUACCGACACCACCUCGAGCAACUGCAGCUCGUCGACCAUCACCGCGGCCUCGCAGACGGAAUCCCUGUCCAGACGAGUGCUCAAGGCUCAGAGCGUCGAGGCGAUCAACCGCAAGAACAUCCUGGCGAGCGCGAGGUGCCGAAGCGGACGCGACCUCAACGGGUCGCCCCUCAUUCAGCGCAAGUUCUCCGACGAAGAGGAAGCUGCCGCCGCCGCCGCCGCCGCCGCCGCCGCCGCUGCUGCUACCGCUGUCGAGGGUGUUAACGGGGAGUUCGUCAGCGCGCACAGGUUGACCAACGGGGACGUGGACGGCGCGAAGCCGCAGAUCAAGAUCGCGUACAUCGAGAUCACGGAGAACGUCGUGGCCGAGGGAGGAAAGAAGGAGGAGGAGGAGGCUAUGCUGCCACAGCAGCAGCCGAGACUGCCACCUAAGCGGAGCGUUAUUCCGCAAGCCAAGAAUGUGCCAAUACCGACAUCGCGGCCACCUAAGCCCGAACCCCUGGAGCCAUCGAACGAUAUGAAGUCGUGGGUCCGAGCCGAGAUGCGAAGUCUCGCGACGAACAACCCAAGCAUUCAGGACGUGCGCAAGAAUACGUCGCUGGCUUGCGACGUCGACGCGCCGAAUGCUCGAAACUUCAAGAGCAAAUCGACGCUGGCGCUGAACGAGCCCACCCCGAGGAGCCAGAUAGAGCCGGAGACGAAGCCCAGGACGAGUCUCUCGACGAAGAAAUCGUCGGUGGACGACCACAACGAUCUUCUUACAGUAUUAACCACCAAGAGCAGAUCGAGAUCGGCUAUUCACGUAGUAGAAGACAGCAGCAGCUACGGCAAGCUCAAGAGCCAGAUGAGUCUAGAGGACAUCCUGGCAGUGAACAGCGCCAACUCUUCUUCGUCUUCCAUCUUGACUCAACCCCCGAAGCUACUUCCUCGUAGUCAGAGCAUCAGCUGUGACUCCAACGGCAGAAACGGCCUCGUGGGUCCGCCUUUCUGUGCCGUAAGAAACGGCGCUGUCGACUCCUGGACGGCCGAGGACAAGAUCUCGCCGACCAAGAUUCCCUCGUUGAGGAGCAAGCAGCCGCAGGAGUUGCACGAGGCGUUGGAGGGGCCAAAGUCCCCGACGACCAGCUGCUCCAAGAUUCCAACCUCGAGGAACCUGGGGAGGAGAAGCGCCAGCGUUACCGACAUGAAGAAAGUGUUCGAGAGGCCGGAGGCGAGUUCCAACGGCACUUCAUCACCCGGUAGUCAAUCGCAGAUAAGCGGCAGCAGCAGCAGCAGCACAGCGACGCACAAUCGUUUCCCGAGUCUCGACAGCAGCUUGGAGGACAGCAUCCGGCCGGAGGUCGACCAGGAGCGUUUCAGCGGCGAGCAGUUCGGCAGCAUCAGUUCACUGGCGAGCAGUACCAGCCUCAUAUCCCAGCAGGAGCUCGCCCAACUGGUCGAGGAGGCCAACCUCGAGGAGCCGAGAGGCGGCCACGACGUGGUGGUGGUGCUGCUGCACAAGGAGAACCCAUCGGGCAGCGUGGGCAUAACCCUGGCCGGUGGGCUGGACUGCGAGACGAAGGAGAUAACGAUCCACCGGGUGUUGGCCCACUCGAUCGCCGACAGGGACGGCAGCGUGCAGCGGGGCGACAGGAUCCUCAGCAUCAACGGGCGCAGCAUGCGCGGACUGACUCACCGCGAGAGCCUCGCCGUGCUGAAGCAGCCCAGGUCCGAGGUCGUCCUCGUCGUCUCCAGGGUCAAGCUCGACGACGCCGCUGCUGGCAACAGGCUGAGGAACAGGACCGAGAGCGUCGAGACCAUCGUCGAGGGUUACGAGACGAACGGCGUGACGGAGAACACAGCAUGGGGCCCAGCCCUCAUGGUGUCCAUGUACAAGGACGGAGCCGGCUUGGGAUUCAGCCUCGAAGGCGGACGCGACAGUCCGCUGGGUGACCGGCCGCUCUUAAUUAAGAAGAUAUUCACUGGAGGUGCUGCCGAAAAGACUGGUGCUUUACGGGCGGGCGAUCAGCUGCUCGAGGUGAACAAGCGAGACGUGAGCAGGAUGUCGAGGAUCGAGGCUUGGUCCCUGAUGAAGAAGCUACCCGACGGGGAAGUGAACCUCCUAGUCAGACACCCUGCCACCAAGUCGUCGUGAAUUCCAUCCAGCACAUAUACAUAAUAUACAAUUACAUGCGUCUAUAUAGUCAAAAACAAAUCCUCACCCUUCUCCUCCUCGAUUUUCAACGAGAGGCAGUCGACGACUCGUAGCUUUAUUACGACGAUGAUUCGCACUGCCGAACGAUCAAUUACAUAAUACACAACUCCGAGGCUCGAUACAAACGAUGAUAAAUGAUCGAACCGAGCGAACGAGGGCGACGAGACAAUCUUCAAUUCGAUCGGCGCGUUCCUAUACGCUUACACGCGCGCUCUAAUGAUAAACGCAUUAUUAUAAGUAUACAUAAUAAUAAUAAUAAUAAUAAUAAUAAUAAUAUUGCACUUCUCGCGCGGCUGAGAUUAAUGCGCGAGAUUCGUAUACAUUUGAAAGUUUAUCAUACGGAAAAAGACUAUUAUACAAAGUAAACGACUGUUCGAUAUGUAUUAAUGCAAACCGGAGACGAUUUAUUGGGAGAGAAAGAUAUAUAUAUUGUAUACGUCGCGUCGUGCGUUACAUACAGCGGACGAUUGUAAAACAGUCGGAUAUGCUUCGCGAGCACGACGCUACCCCCCUGUGUGCCUUUGAUAUUAUCAUCAUACGAUAAUUAAUAUUAUACAUACAUAAAAAUAUACAUAUUUUUAAUUUUAUCGCAUAAUUAUUUUUAUCGUCAAUAAUAAUGAUUACUAUCAUUACUUUGAUUAAUGUAUAACGUAGCUGGUAGUCCUAUUGCAUCUUCGCCAUAUUACGAAUCUUAAGCGAAUUUACAUGUAGCGUAAUCUGUGUAGCGAAACACGACAUAUACAAUAUUAUUAUAAUGAAUAAGAAGAAACAAGUGCUGGCAGUGCAAUAUAUCAUAAUAACAACUAUACGAAAAGCGAGAGAGGUAGAAAACUGAUUACUUCGUGAAAAACUUGUGCCCUCGCAGUGUGCAGAGAACAACGAAAUAUAUAUACUUAUGAAAUCGGUCUCUUUCUUCUUGCUACUUUAUAUCGAAUUUUGUAAAAAUAAUCGCGUAGACUUUUUUUCGAUUGAAUUUAGCCCUUUCAAGCGCACUCGGUUGCAGUGAAAAUCAGUUUUACAUCUGUUUUUUCUGUUUUACAUCGGCAUUUUAGUUGAAAAUUCAUGAAUAUUUUUAACUCAAUGUUAAAGUUUUUUAAAACCUUUUCCAACUUCAAUUUUUUUUUAACAAUCAUUGAUUUUCACCUAACGACGUCUUUGAAAGGGUUAAGAGUGAGAAACGAGAGGAUCACGUAGCUGUCCGACAAUAAUCAUAAGAUGCGUACUUCCAUAAAGCAUAGAGUACUUUUUUUUUAUCCAACGAAAUUCCUCGCGAUUGAUCCUCUCGAAAAAGUGCCUUCGAAAAGUAAACAACAAUGCUAAUCGCUGAACAAUAAUUACUCUCCGUACUAACAUUUCGCUCUUAGUAGCAAGCCUUUGUGUACAUAGUUAGUGAAAAAAAAACAAUUGUACGUAAAACGUGUGAGUGUACUGUAUGACUGUUCAAAGUAAAUAGCCUGGCCCUCGGAAAAAAACAGUAUAACGUGUACCGAGCGCCAGGGCAUAGUUUAAUAUAAAAAUGUUGAUAGUAUUAGAAAUUAUAUUAUUAUUGGAUUAUUUAAAUUUAAAACGUCUGUUUAAUUAUUUUUUUUUUAAUUUGCUUGUUUUGUUGAAAAUCGUGCUGUGAUAAGUGUGUAUGAGUGGAUAAUUAUUCAGCGUGACGUUUAACGAUUGCACUGUUGACUUCUAAAUAACCCGUUAGUUGAUUUACUUUAUGAGCUAACAUAAUUAAUAAGCUGCGAUUUAUAUCAUGUAUACUAUAUUAUUAUUGCGCUCAGUGUCAAGCUGUUAUGUAUGCUUUCUUAUAUACUAAUUGUUUUCUACAUGUUGUUGAUUUGUAAAACAAAAUACUUUUCAGAUGUAGCCUCUGGUAACAAUAAAUGACAUUGUAUUCAACUACA